AUCACCAUCGGUAUCAUCAUUAUCAUCAAGUUUUCUUUACAAAUAUCUUCGUUCUGAACGAACCUUUUGUCGAGCACUCACCACACACCAUCAUGGAUUCUCCUUUGUUAUUGAAAUCCCAAGUUUUGCCUUACAAACACAAAUGGAUCAAAAUCAUCUUCUGCGCAUUCGUGGCUGCCACAAUUGUUGGAGUAGUAGUCAAAGACAGCACCAGUUAUGGAAUACUAUCAGGAGCAGAAAAAUAUAAUGAAGGGUUGACAACCAGUGAUGAAGAUAUUGUAGAAUCAGAUGUGGGAGUUGUUGCAACUGAUGAUGCUCGAUGUUCUGCAAUUGGUGUUUCAUUGAUUAAGCAGGGUGGACAUGCUGUGGAUGCUGCAGUGGCGGCUGCAUUGUGCAUUGGCGUUGUUCUCUCAGCAUCAAGUGGCAUAGGGGGUGGCGGUUUCAUGGUUGUUCGAUCUUCUUCAACCUCCCAAACACAAGCUUUCGACAUGAGAGAAACUGCUCCUGCAGCUGCUUCACAGAAUAUGUAUGAGAAAAAUCUCAAGGAUAAGAGCUUAGGUGUAUUGUCAAUGGGAGUUCCUGGUGAAUUGGCAGGCUUUCAUGCAGCUUGGUUAAAGCAUGGACGAUUUCCAUGGAAGACCUUAUUCCAACCAGCUAUAGAACUUGCUAAAAAAGGUUUUGAAGUGUCUCCUACUCUUGGAGAUUUCAUAGCUAAAGAUGCCAAAAAGAUAUUGGAUGAUCCUGGGUUAAGAAAGCUAUAUGCACCCGAAGGAACUUUGCUGAAAGAAGGGGAUGUGUGUAAAAAUGAGGAACUCGGUCGCACCUUGGAGGUAGUGGCAGAGCAAGGACCACAAGCUUUCUACAAUGGUACCAUUGCUGAAAAGUUAGUGAAGGAUGUCAAAGAGGCUGGUGGAAUUUUAACAAUGGAAGAUCUACGCAAUUACAAGGUGGAAAUAGCAGAUGCAAUGACUCUGAAUGUGAUGGGAUACACCAUAUAUGGAAUGCCACCUCCUUCGUCUGGAACACUUGCUCUUUCACUGGUUCUAAACAUCUUGUACAGUUAUGGAGAUCCUAAUGCUGCAAGGGGAAAUCUUGGUCUACAUCGUCUAAUAGAAGCUCUGAGAUUCAUGUUUUCUGUUAGAAUGAACUUGGGUGACCCUAACUUCGUUGAAAACAUUGAUGAUACUAUAUCCAAAAUGCUUUCCCCAUCUUUUGCCAAAGAAAUUCAGCAAAUGAUUUUUGAUAACACUACUUUCCCUCCAGAGUACUAUAUGGGCAGGUGGAGUCAACUGAGAGAUCAUGGAACAAGUCAUUUGUGUAUUGUUGAUGCUGAUAGAAAUGCUGUAUCACUAACAUCAACAGUAAACUAUCAUUUUGGAGCUGGGUUUCGUUCUACUUCUACUGGUAUUGUGGUCAACAAUGAGAUGGAUGACUUCUCUGCACUCACUGAAAUAUCCCCUGAUAAGCUGCCUCCAGCUCCAGCAAAUUUUAUUGAACCAAACAAAAGACCACUGUCUUCCAUGACUCCUCUUAUCGUCACAAAGAAUGACGAGUUGGUUGGGGUGCUUGGAGGGAGCGGUGGAAUGAACAUUGCUCCAGCAGUGAUUCAAGUCUUUGUUAAUCAUUUCAUCUUGGGAAUGAAACCCUUGGAUGCAGUUCUGAGCCCAAGGAUCUAUCACAAGCUAAUACCAAAUGUAGUUAGUUAUGAGAAUUUGACUGCACUGAACGGUGAUCACAUUGAGCUUUCUAAAGAAAGAAGGAUUUUCCUGGAAGAAAGAGGUCAUGUACUGAGUGAGUGUGGAGCUUUAGCUAUCACUCAAUUUGUUGUUCAAAAUCCGAAAACUGCAACUGACAUGAAUAGGAAAAUUGGUAAAAACAUCAACUUACAAUCAAAGCAUGGUACUCUUAUUGCCGUAAGUGAUCCUCGAAAAGGUGGAUGUCCGGCUGCUGUUUGAUUGUAUCGAUCAAUUCAGAUUCAAAAUUGUACAAUACAGACAUUUCAGAACAAAAUACAAAUUUUUUAGGCAUUAA